AAAAAAAUUACAUAUGAAAAAUCCAUCAGUAGGUAGUUUCUGCUGAAAAUAAAUUAUAAUCAAUGUAAAAAUAAAAAUAAUGUUAUUAUAAAGUUCAGUUGCACCCUGCAUGUUGUGUUUGAACUGUAGAAGUGGUAAAGUGACUGUAUUGUUGGCAUUGCCCAGCAUAAGGUUCAGCUAAAGACAACAGUACAUCUUUCCUUCCCGUAUGGCUGCAUAUGUUAACCGAUCAAUUUCAAUGAUGGCUGGUGACGGGCCUCACAAUGUUGCGAUACUCAAUAAUGGCUCUGUUCGUGUCAAUAUGUCAAAUGUGGACUCACCGCUCCAGAUAUUUGUGAGAGCCAAGAAGAAGAUAAAUGACAUAUUUGUUGAAAUUGAUGAUUAUGUUAAGGAUGCUGUCAGUUUCAUGCAUGCAGUGUCAGGUGAGAAAGGAAUUGCAACUGCUCAGGAUGUGGCCAAUGUGGAGGCAUAUGUCAGUAAGGUGCAGGCCAUACGGGAGGUACUUAAACGUGAUCACAUGAAAGUGGCAUUUUUCGGGAGGACUAGCAAUGGUAAAAGCACAGUGAUAAAUGCCAUGCUACAUGACAAAAUUCUACCUAGUGGCAUUGGACACACAACCAACUGCUUUCUGCAAGUCGAAGGCUCUGAUACUGAUGAGGCAUUCCUACGAACAGAUGGCUCUGAAGAAAAGCUCAAUGUACAGUCGGUGAGCCAACUCGGGCACGCAUUAUGCGCGUCGAGGCUGCAGGAGUGUUCACUGGUGCACGUAUACUGGCCGCGUGAGCUCUGCGCGCUGCUGCGAGACGACGUGGUACUGGUGGACAGCCCCGGGGUUGAUGUGACCCCCAACCUCGACGAGUGGAUCGACCAGUACUGCCUCGAUGCUGAUGUGUUCGUCCUUGUAGCCAACGCGGAGUCCACGCUCAUGGUCACUGAAAAAAACUUUUUUCACAAAGUUUCAACGAAAAUAUCGCAGCCGAACAUAUUCAUAUUGAACAAUCGAUGGGAUGCGUCUGCAUCCGAACCGGAAUACUUGGAACAAGUCCGCACGCAGCAUGCUAACCGCUGCGUGGACUUCCUGUCGCGGGAGCUGCGCGUGUGCUCGCCCAAAGAGGCGGAGGAGCGCAUCUUCUUCAUCUCGGCGAAAGAGGCGCUGCUCACGCGCAUGCGGGAACGAGAGAAACCAGUUUCGUCUCCGACCCUGGCGGAUGGGCACCAGGUGCGCUACUUCGAGUUCGUGGACUUCGAGCGCAAGUUCGAGGAGUGCAUCAGCCAAUCAGCAGUGAGGACCAAGUUCGCGCAACACUCGCGACGCGGCAAGAACAUCGCCGCUGACGUCAUGGCGGCAUUAGAGCAGGUAUACAAUAGCGCUACGGAGCGGAAAACAACGAUGGUGGAGAAGCAGAGGAUCCUGCACGAACAGCUGUCGUCCAUAGAGGAGCAGCUCACCACCAUCACGCGCCAGAUGAAGGACAAGAUCAACCGCAUGGUCGAGAGUGUGGAGCACAAGGUGUCGCUGACGCUGAGCCAAGAGAUCCGUCGUUUAUCUGCGCUAGUAGACGAGUACGAAUCGCCGUUCCGCGCCGAACGUGCAGCCCUGGAGCACUACAAGCGGGCGCUCCACCGCCACGUGGAGUCCGGGCUCGGCUCGCGGCUCAAGAAGCGCCUCUCCAGCGACAUCGGCCACGAGAUGGACGAGGCGCAGAAGGAGAUGGCCGACCGCAUGUAUAGCAUCCUGCCGGCUCACAAACGGAGCGCGGCGGCAGCAGUAAUAGUCCCACAUCAGCAGCCCUUCGAGGUGCUGUACCGCCUUAACUGCGACAACCUCUGCGCCGACUUCCAGGAGGACCUCUCCUUCCGCUUCUCGUACGGCAUCACCGCGCUCAUACAGCGCUUCCAGGGCAAGAACACCAACCGGAUCGCUCUCAAGAACCCGCCUACAUACACACAGAUACCACCAGCGAUAAGCAACACGUCACUUCCGCCUAUGGAGGUGGCUCGCAGCAGUAGUACUAUCGGACCCCUGAGCGUCGAGGACUGGAGCAUGAUCUCGCGCUUCGCCCUCGGCACGCUCACCUCGCAGGGGACCAUGGGAGGCCUACUGCUGUCCGGUCUGUUACUCAAGACAGUGGGAUGGCGGGUGGUGGCCGUAACUGCUGCAGUUUACGGCGCUCUAUACGCGUACGAGCGACUCACGUGGACGGCCAAGGCUCAAGAGAGAGUGUUCAAGAAGCAGUACGUGGCGCACGCCAGCAAGAAGCUGCGGCUCAUAGUCGACCUCACCUCCGCUAACUGCAGCCAUCAAGUGCAGCAGGAGCUGUCGACGAUGUUCGCCCGGCUGUGCCGGCUCGUCGACGAGGCCACCACCGAGCUCGACGCCGAGCUCUGCGAAGUGCGCGGCGCCACCACCCUGCUCGACGACGCCUCCGCCGCGGCCAAGCGGCUGCGGAACAAGGCCAACUACCUCGCGCACGAGCUCGAGCUCUUCGACGACUCCUUCCUCAAGCACCACUAGGGGGCGCGUCGUUGUAACCGUGCGGCAUAUCGGCAUCUGUACCGGCAGCGACAACACAGGCUCCGGCAGCGAUGUAUUGAAAUAAACUCCGGCGAGCUAUUUAUUUAUUUGUUACUCAUGCAGCGUAGCGGCCGCCUUCAAAACAUAAGUCAGAUAUUCUUGUCUAUGGGUGUAUCAAGUCUGUUUCGAUAGAAUUUGUACAGAAUGAAUAUUUUCAUAUCUUUCGUCUUGUUUAAAUUUAAAUCAGUUACACGAACUUUUUUUUCUCAAUAAUUUACUUUGUUUUAACAACUACUUCCAUAACUUAAAUAUUAUAGGUAGCGGCAGAUUUCUUGAGCGAAAUAAACAUAGAAAUAAAUUUGCACAGUAGACGUUUUUGUAUGUAAAAUUGCUACUGCGCAGGCUUUCUUGUCUAUGGUUGUUGAAGAAGUUUUGCCGGGAUGUAUAGCAACGACAAAUACCAAACUUGUUUGCCUUCUCAACGAAUUGGAUUAAAACACACUCUUAUAAGUUGCUUUUACAAAAUCGACAUUUUGUUAAGGUUUUACUAUGACACCUAUGAUCUCUUAAUAAUAAGACCAAAAAAGAUUCGCAGUUUUCCAAUAGGGUAUUUGACAACUUUAAGAAAACGAUCUCACGUUAUUUACUAGUGUUUAUAGAGUCAGAAGUGAUUUUCUUUCAUUUUGUUGUGAAUUUCAAUAAAAAUCCUAAAUUAAAAAAAAUACAACGAUGAUACAAUAUAAUGUCACUGACUGGAAGUUUACUAGCGUGUGACGUC